AUGGGUGAUGUGCUCGUCGAGACUGAAAAGGUCUUACACAAUGAUGCGGCCUCAGCUGGAGAUAGCACUGCAUCUGUCCCUGCCCAGGUUCCAACUGCAACAUCAAUAGACUACACAAAGGAAAAUUACAAAUAUGCAGCGUAUCUUCCAUACUCAACGCCAGGUCGGCAACCGCCUCUGGCAGAGUUUGUCCACGUGGAUGUUGGAUUGCGAGCAGAUCCAGAGAAAAGGCGCUUGUUUAGCGUCCCAGGCACAGUCAUCCAGGAAGUAACUCCAAACGUCGGAACCGAAAUCCGAGGCAUUCAAUUAAGUCAGCUCCUUCCUGAGCAGCUAGAUGAUCUUGCGCUUCUGGCUACAGAAAGAGGAGUAGUUAUUUUCAAAGACCAGGACUUUGCAGAUAUUGGGCCAGAGAGACAAAAGAAAUACGGGGAGCAUUUUGGACAUCUCCAUGUUCAUCAGAUGGGAAUUCAUAUCAAAGACUACCCUCAGAUACUUCCAGUCUAUAGAGAUGCAGAAGCUGGAGCUGUCGACAAAGAAAUCGUCAAUAAUGUGACCAGCGUCAAGUGGCACAGCGACAUGACCUACGAAAUAAACGGUAUGGGAACUACGACCUUCUUCCCUCUCGAUACGCCACCUUCGGGAGGAGAUACCCUGUAUUUAUCAACUACAGCAGCAUAUAAUGCUUUGUCCCCAAUAUUCCGGGAGAAACUUCAUUCGCUAAGUGCCGUACAUUCCGGUGUUCAGCAAUACAAUGUCACGGAUGGUGAGAAACGUCAUAUCAGAGCACCAAUUGAAACUGUUCAUCCAGUUGUUCGCACUCAUCCGGUUAGCAUUCCCUGGCCUGUAAUCAAGAAAUCAAGUACUCACGAAUCGAAGGUUACAAAAACGAAAUCAGUGUUCGUCAAUCGGCUCUACACCAAGAAAAUAGUGGGCUUGAAAGAAGAAGAAAGCUUUUAUCUCCUCAACUUCCUAUUCGACCACAUCGAAAAAGGGCAAGAUUGGCAUCUCAGAGUCCACUGGACGCCAGGUACGGUAGUUGUAUACGAUAACCGCGUGACUCAGCACUCGGCCCUGCGUGACUUCAAAGUCGAGCCAGCUAGGACACGGCGCCAUAUGGUUCGGAUCACUCCGCAGGGAGAGCGCCCAGUUUUUGUUGAGAAUUCUAAAUAG